UUAAAGCGCACACAACGCCAAGCAGCUCACUGCGGAUCAACAGGUGUUGUUAGUUGAAUAAAUCCUCCAGCAGCGGCGUAUUCGAAAUUCGAUUUUAUUUCAUAUCAAUAAGACUUUGUGUGAAGACGUGCGUGUAUUUUCUGCGAAGCCUGCAAUAAGCUAAUAAUCGUCGCAAAGUAAGAGAAAAUCACUGCCGGAAGUUGAUUACCUACAAAAUAGUAUUUCGUUAAAGCGAAUAACCAGCCAUGCCAGCUAAAUUUGAAUACUCACUGGGCAUAGAUGAGCUAAAGUCAAAGACGCAUCGCCUUUGGCAGGCGCUCCUAGCCGAAUUUUUAGGCAAUUUCCUCUUGAACUUCUUUGCAUGCGGCGCGUGUACCCAACCCGAGGAUGGUACGUUUAAGGCGUUAGCUUUUGGCUUGGCGGUUUUCAUAGCGAUUACGGUUAUUGGCAAUAUUAGCGGUGGUCACGUAAAUCCUGCCGUCACAGUUGGUUUGUUAGUAGCGGGCCGCGUAAGCGUUUUACGUGCCGUGCUCUAUAUCAUAUUUCAAUGUUUGGGCUCCAUCGCCGGCACGGCAGCUAUUCGUACUCUCAUCGAUGAGGUGUACUACAAUGGCUUGGGUCACACACAUCUAUCCCCAAAUAUUACCGAGCUACAGGGUCUCGGUAUUGAAUUCUUUUUGGGUCUAGUGUUGGUGCUAACCGUAUUUGGCGCUUGUGAUGCACAUAAACCAGACUCCCGCUACACUGCACCACUCGCUAUCGGUCUCUCCGUGACUCUCGGUCACUUGGGCACAAUUCGUUACACCGGUGCCAGCAUGAAUCCGGCACGUACUUUGGGCACUGCCUUCGCUGUCGACAAUUGGGAUGCACACUGGGUAUACUGGGUUGGACCCAUACUGGGUGGCAUCGCAGCUGCGCUCAUCUACACACAAGUGCUGGAGAAGCCACUGCUGCAGACCAGCGUUAAAGUGAUUGAGGUGUCCGAGAAAUAUCGAACACACGCUGAUGAGCGUGAGGUGAGCAUGGUUAAAACCUGGAAAGACUCAGAUUUCUACUAAAAACUAAAAAACAAAUCAACAAAAAUACAAAUAAAAAAAGAAAAGUUGCAUUUCCAGUGUUUGAUUGAGCGGAUAAGCGAAGAGUUUAUUAAAGUAGAAAAUUUAAUAAUGCAGCAUGCUUAAUUUAUA